UCGUAAUGAUUAAAUAAUCGAAAUGAUUAAAAACAUCUCUUUAAAAUCACUAAAUGAAAACACAAGAAGACCAAUGGAUGCCCUGCCCGCAAAUUGAAACAAAAUACCCAGGAUUAGCAUACUUAGGUCCUUUAAACGAAUUAAUUGUAGCGAAAAAACGCGACUCAUUACACAAUUUGUUCGGCAACAAUAUUAUUGGCUACACAAUAUACAAUGGACAAGGUCAAAAAGUUUUUCUCGCUGUUCAAAGGAAGGAAACCAAAAAAGAAAUUAAAAUAUUCAAUAGCUAUGGAAACGAAGUCAUACAUAUGCAAAGACGAGCGUUUUGCCUCAAGGAGAUAUUAGUAUGGACGCCACCUGGUAGAUUCGUGGGCUCAGUGCAUUCUAAAUGUUUGAGAGUUUUUGUUAAAAACUACAAAGGAGAUGUAUUAAAGAUUAAACCGAGGGGCAUAUUUUGUUGCGCUCGAGACAUAUUCUCAGAGGGUGAACGGAUUGGCGAAGUGGCGACGAAGAAAUGCUUACACAGCAUCAAAAGUGACGUCAGUGUAGUUUUUCCGUUUGAAUUGGAUGUCGAGCUUAAAUCUAUUUUGCUGGGAGCGUGCUUUCUCAUCGGUUACUAGUUUAUCAAAGAAUAUUUAUUGAACUGGUUAUUUUUAAGGGGUGAGAAAACAAGAAUCUGCUCCUAUUUAACAAGACUAGAUAACCUUGAAAAUACAUUCCUUUGA